AUGGUGGUGUGCUAUCGGCGUCCAGGGGAGAUACCGAGCCCCGCGCCGCAGUCCUUCCUGCCCCCGGCCCCCCGCAGCGUGGGGACCUGGGUGCUGCUGGCGUUCCCCGAGGAGGGGGGCCUGAGGAGGCAGGCGGGGGAGCGACGACAGCACCCCCCUGGGCUCCCAGAGAUUCGGCUCCGAGUGCUAUCGCGGUGGCGGGGAUCGGGCCGCUUCCUGGACUGGGCCUGCCGCGAGUGCGUGGGCGUGUUCCGCAGGGCGUGCCUCGGCCCGGGCUGGGCGGUGGCGCCUCGCCAGGGCCCCCGCGCCGCGCCGAGUGCCUCCGAAACCGCGGGCAGGUGA